UGGUGGACUUAGGAUGCAUUACGCGGCACCUGGCUUCAUCCGGUGGUCGAAGGCAUCAUCCUCAAACAAACACGACCUAUCAAAAGACUACGUCCAAUCCCGUAUACCUAGAAAUACCUCUUCUGGCUACCCAUACCGUAGACAUUGCUUGCCACCUCGAACCCCUCAGCUCUUUCACCCAAACCUCACAGUUGAGCACCUCGAAAAAAAUGGGUUUUUCGAGCUCCCUUCUAAAACUCUGUCAUCUACUUACUUACAAGUUGAGAAUCGCGCAAAAAUAGCCACUUUAAACCAUGGACUGGAACGUGUCCUGGAAUCCCCGGGCGUACAUUAUGUCCGAAACCCUGUCACUAAGGAAUACAAUUUUUCGUCUUAUGUGGGACGACUUCACCAUCCGUCAGAAAUCGACUACAAUUUGAUGCCAGCCUUCGUAACUACAAGUAAAGACCAGAAAUUGCACAGACUCGCACUCUCCUUGUCUGUCAGAUGGAAAGGCUCAACUUCCUCAGUCUCAAAUCUAUUAACACACAUAUACCAUCUGUGGUCCAAUUUUCGUCCCACGAAUUUGCACAAUCUCUCAGACUACUUUCAGGCACAAACGGCGCGCUUUCCCCCAAGCGCACACAUCCCCGCCUCGGUGACUCUGAUUCCGCAGGACGGCAUCUACUCAAUCGAUAAAUACCAACCAGAAUGCAAAAAUACUGUCUUGUCCGAUCUGGGCAAGAGUUACGAACGAAUGAUCACCAUGAAUCAAGAAAUGUUCGAACAAGCGUUUCUGAAGUCCUCCUGCAUUCAAGCUAAAAUGUCGGACCAACCUGAAGCAUACAAUUACAUGAACCGCGGAAACUUCCUGCUUCGAUCACAACUCGAUUGCUACGACAAACAAGUUGGUAUUUUCGACCUGAAAAGCCGUGCGACCAACCCCAUUCGUAUCUUUCCAGGAGACGAUCCUUCCCUCCAUAUCAACUACAGACUCUCAAAACUGACAGGACCCACGCACUCCUACGAAAGAGAAUUUUACGAUAUGAUUCGCUCAGCCUUUUUGCGCAACAUCUUCCAAGUCCGUAUCGGGGAUAUGUCAGGCAUUUUUGUCGCCUAUCAUAACACGCGCGAGAUCUUUGGGUUUGAAUACCUACCUUUAGACGAAAUGGAACAGUGCGUCUUCCAGAGCAAAAAAAUGGCAGACGACGCAUUCGAUGUAUCACUCAAAAUUUUAGAUUUAAUUUUGGACCACGCCGUCGGACAAUUUGAGCCUGGUACUACUCUCAGACUUGUCAUUCAAGCAAAGCCUCUGCUGAACAAACGGUGCCUUCACAUAUUUGUCGAGAAAGUCACCAAUGCCCUCCAAGAGAGGUUGAACUUGUCCGACGCCGUCGAAUUAUACAUGUCAAAUUUUCAGUGUGUAGAACUAUUGCGAUAUUAUACGCUUACUCUGGAAACGGUCGUGAACAACCGAAUCACGUUGGGACACCUGAACAUUGACGAAAGAGACGACGUCAGAACCUGGGCAAAGAUAGAAAGAGUCGAGUCCUCAAGAGAUGAACAGGUCAAGGCGUACGUCAGAACGCUGGAAGAACUGUAUACCUCCAAAGGCAGAAAAACACCGCAAAAGUCGGUGCCUCUAGCAGAAGUUCCAGAGAGAGAGCUAAGGUGGCGACGGGUGCGCACAACACAUAUGUAAAUUUGUCGAAUACGUGGCUAUUAUUCAUAUCUGAUGUGCGCUAAAUUUUAUAAAACGUUUUUUGCUGUUUUUUUUUUAUGUUGCUUUCCGCGACAGCCACAUGCGUUGGCUCGACUUUGGGCGACGCGAAUAAAUUGUUCGAGAACAAGGUCAUAAAA